AUGCCCCCCCGAUUCCAAAGACUUAGAGCCAGGUGGCAUUCCAGGCACUCCAGAUUGAUUCAGGCUUUGCUCCUCAUCUACUCAGCCCUCCCACAAGGCCGUAGAGUUCACAACAAGCCGAAUAGACAGAAAGCCAUUUGUAUGCUCCUGCACCGUGAAAGGCCGGUUCAGGGCUUCAGGGCAUCUUUCAGGGCAGCCCAUCAGCCCCUCGCCUUGGAAAGCAGCGCGAGCUCACCAAGCUCCCAGCCCACCCGCAAUGCUUUGCCGGUGCCUGGAGCCACUGUUGGAAUCGCUUUCUGCUUCGUUCCUGCCUUCCGAGCGUCCGAAGAGGCAGACGAACUGUGUGAAGUUGGCUGGACGCUGGGCUUUUCUGACCAGCACCUGGCUGACGUGGCCCCAAAAAGUUUGCAAGGCCUUGUCGUUGCGGUCUGCUCGAACGAGGCUCUGGCUGCUUACUUGCAUGUCGCACCGUUAAAGUUGAACGGCUUUUCUACGGGUGCUCUACACUUCCAGCGCGCGGUCAGUAAAUCUUUAUCUUGCCUUGUUGCGCCGAUGGCCCCCUGA